GUCUCUGCCGUAAACGAGUGUUGAAAGACUGAAAGUAAAACGGUGCUGCAUACGGCAGAGGCCGUUUUGGAUUGUUUUCGCUGCAGUCCGAGACAUAAUAGGAAACUAUUUGGAUGCAGCUGGUGUUUCGUUCAUUAGAAUGCACUUGGGACGUGUGCACAAUAUAAUACAACUUGUAUGAGGAUUUCUGCUCGGUUCUGUCUGAGCUAGCAGUUUAGCGAGUUUAGCUAACUAGCUGCUUAGCUUAAUAUGCAAACGCUUGGCUGCUAUCGCUGCUACAGUAGAGCGAACCUCUGAGGGCUGAAGAGAUUUUUCAAACGUGGUUCGCAUUGCUGUCAGUGUACUAGCACAACAUUAUUACUUCAGUGUUUAAGUUAAAUUUACGUGUGGUGCUAAAAAGUUAUCUAGCGAGCUAACUGAGCACGAGUUGUAAAAUUACUAAAAAAAAAAAAUACUAGGAGUUGUACUAGCAACAGUUUGAUGAAUUGCUGCAGAAAAUAUCAGGUUACCGAUAGACAAACUAUAACUAGUCGGCCAUGAGAGAAUGAGCGCUUUACAGAAUGAGAAAAGGCUGAGACUGGAAGCUGACUGUCACUCAGAGAGUUUCACUGGAACACACCGAGGUAGUUUGUCCACCAAUGUACUAACACCAAAUAUGGAUGAAACCAGGAUGGAAGUAAACAGCAAUAUCACUGGUGAUGUGAAGGUCGAAAACUCGAGAAGUGAUCCUCAUGCAUCAUUUGAGUGCAACAAGACAGAUGCUUGUCAGUUGAAAGAAAAUGACAAGCGUUUUGAUGUAUCCCAAAGGCAAAAUGCUCCAGGUGACCAAAAAUCACAGGAAACUCCAGGAAGCUCCAACACAGAGGCGAUGUAUGGACCGAGUUCUCCAAAUAGCAUUGUCCAUGAUAAUGCCGUCAUCGAGAUGAAGCCCAAGGUUGAAGAGACUGCUCUUGUGUCUAACUCGACAGAUGCUAAUCUUAGCGGGGUAGCAAGUGUUUGUAUGGAAAAGGCAAAGCUGGAUCUCAGUUUAUCUCAGAACACAAGUGCUGAUGUAGAGAUGCUGAGCCCAGAGAGCCCAACCUGCAAAUCCUUGGUAUAUAACAGCUCAGGGGAAAGGCAGAAUCCUUGCACAGAGGCACCUCAGGCACCUUGUGCUAAAUCUUCAUCUUCUGAGGAGUCCACUAAGGUCAUUGACCCUAGAGCUGGACCUGGAACUGUCUGUGGUCCUGACGUGACAGCCAUGGAGACGGAAAAUCCUGACAUUCCCGUCUCUGGUGGAAAUUCGUCUGUGGCAAAUGAAGACUCCAGCGGCAGCCAGUCACAAUCAAGGAAGUGGUUGGGAACUCCUAUAGAGGAGCUGAGGAGGAUGCCAAUGUGUGCUCAGGCCCUACCCCCACUCAGGGCAACAGAAAAUCACAAAGUGCUCAUCAGGACUGACCUGCUCAAAGAAGGCGAGGUCCCUGUUCCAUACCCCAACAAGUUCCGAGAUGCCUGGGAUGAUAUGACUGUAAAGAUGCCCUGCUCAGAAAAGAACCUUUUUCCUAUGGAGAAUGAGGAUGGAGUGCAGAGUCGGUGGGAGCUCAUUAUUUCAGCCUUGGAAACCGAAUGCAAAAGUUCACUGGAUAUUCGGGAAGCAAUAUUGACGUACAACACAGCACACGCAAAGAGAUGGGACUUCACAGCUCUGAAUUUUCUCUGCACUGAUGGCCUGGAACACACCGAGGCACAGUAUCUGUUUAAUGUUAUAUUGCCAAAGAUGGUAACAUUAGCCCUGAGUGCUCCCAAAGUUUGUACCCAGCCAAUCCCCCUGCUUAAGCAGAACAUGAAUCAGUCCCUGACUCUGUCCCAGGAACAAAUUGCCUGCUUGCUGGCCAACGCCUUCUUCUGUACGUUCCCCAGGCGCAACUCACGCAAGUCUGAGUACUACAACUACCCUGAGAUUAAUUUCUACAGAUUGUUUGAGGGAUCCGCUCGUCAAAAGAUCGAAAAACUCAGAACUCUUCUUUGCUAUUUCAGAAGAGUCACCACUGAAAAGCCCACUGGUCUCGUGACAUUUACAAGACAAAGCCUGAACAGUUUUCCUAAAUGGGAAAGCUUGUCGACCCAGCUCACACGACUUCAUAUCUCCUGCGAGGGCACCAUUGAGGAUCAGGGAUACGGCAUGCUGCAGGUCGACUUUGCUAACAGGAUGGUAGGAGGAGGGGUAACAGGACUAGGGUUGGUCCAGGAGGAGAUUCGCUUUCUCAUCAACCCAGAGCUUAUUGUCUCGCGUCUCUUUACUGAGGCGUUGGAACACAAUGAGUGCCUUAUCAUCACAGGCACUGAGCAGUACAGUAAGUACUCUGGUUAUGCAGAGAGCUACAAAUGGAAGGCCAACCACAAAGAUGAGACACCAAGGGAUGAGUGGCAGAGAAGGUGUACAGAGAUUGUGGCAGUGGAUGCACUGAAGUACAGACACUACAUGGAGCAAUUCCACCCUGAGAAAUUCACAAGGGAACUCAACAAGGCGUACUGUGGAUUUGUGCGGCAAGGUGUCAACACCCAGAACCUCUCAGCCAUUGCCACAGGAAACUGGGGAUGUGGUGCAUUCGGGGGAGACACACGACUCAAAGCCUUGCUGCAGCUAAUGGCGGCAGCAGAGGCUGGCAGAGAUGUGGCCUAUUUCACAUUCGGUGAAUUGGCUCUCAUGAGGGAUGUCCAUGAACUGCACACGUUUCUGACAGAUAAGCAGGUCUCAGUGGGCAAACUGUAUGGCCUCCUGAAGCAGUAUUUUAAUCUGGUGGUGAAGACCAGUCACAGUCAGAGGCCUGAUGUCAUUCUGUAUGGCUUCAUCUAUGAGCAGAUCAGCUCAGAUCCUCCUCCUGAGCCCACUGCAGCCUCCCCUCUUCCUCCAGAUGGACAUUAAUGCUGGCCUGUCAUGAACUGACAUGCAUCCUUAGUGCUUCCUUAUUCUUUAGGAAAAGAUCUUUUAGGUGAUUUUCUGAGAUGUGAUGGACGUCUGUAUACCUUUAUUGAGCUUAAGUCACAAUACACUAAAUAUGUGACUUGCAAGUAGAGCAGCAGUACUCCUGGUUGCUGGUAACUUGCGUUUCCCUAUUUACCAGAGAGACGUUCGUAGCCAGAUGUACUGCACGGUGUUGAAUUUUUCACUUUAAAAUUAGGUGACAACGGCAUAUUAAUCUUUAUUGGAUGACUAUUGGUAGAGCACUUAUACAGAUUCAAUACAGUAUGAUAGAACCAUAUAUAACAUUGUAUGCAUGAAAACUCUUUAAAAUGCGCAGAUAUUCACGAUCAGACAUGAUUAUGAAAAAGUAAUCUUUUUUGCAAUGUUUGGUUCAGAAUUGAUUUGUUAAAUUGAGUUUUGAAUAUAUGUUAACUUUUACACAUUAAAGGAAAUUCUGUAACUGUUCAGCGAAAUAAUUUGUACUUUCAGUCUAAAGGUAGUGUUGCUAUAUUGAACUGAUCAGCUUGGCAUGUACUUUUUAACAAUUUAUUAAGAUUUCUAUGCUCAAGUGUGUGGUUUUUUUCCCCCCUUUUCUUGAUUCACAACUGCUAUUUAAAGGUAGUAGAUAUUUUUUGGUUGUAUUCUAUUUUAAUAUUGAUGAUUAAAUGGGUUAAACUGAA